AUGCGAAGAUCUGAGCAAGACCAAAAGAGACGUUUGCAUCGAGAAACCGACACUCCCAAUGUUGGCACUUCAAGGAACUCAAAGAGAUCAUCGACAAAAGGGAAUCCAAUCCAGGUGCCUAGCAAUAGCUACACUGAAGUCAAAGUCAUGAACAAAACCGCCACAAAACAGAAACUGAUAGGUCAAAUGCACACCAAGAGCCAGAGUCGACGCACAGAGAGAGUAGAGAAGCCACUACCAACACGAACAAGUUCACGACUCGCACCCGCCAGAAAGAAGGAGGAGCAGCAACAGAAGGAAGCUGUGAUUGAGAUCGAUUCUGACAGCGAAGACAAGCCGAGGAAGAGAAGAUUGAUACAGCCUGAUCCUGAAGAGUACGCUAGUGAUUUCGUCUUGCCACAGCCUCGAUCCUUCCUUCGAAAAAAGACAGCCAAUUCGCCCUUGAACAUUACUCCCAGCAAGCCUUUCAACAGUUUGCCAGCUGGUACUUCGAUAGAAGAUAUGCUCAGACUAUCAACUCGUGGACACGAUUUUCAAGAGUACUUUAGACACGAGCUCCAGAAGCCCACCAAUGCGUCUGCAAAGCCAAAAGCCAGCGAGCCAGCAACGAAAUCAUCAAAGAAGGAGGAAGAGCCGCAAGAGCCAGGGGUGCACGCCGAAAAGUCAGACAUUGAUCAAUCACAGCUGAUACUGCAUUCCAGAAUGAAGGCAAGCGAUAGCAAAGAAAAGGUGGGAGAGAAAUACGUUAUUGGAAAAGAGCAAUUCUACCCUGAACAUGAGAUAGACAAGGAGGAAGAGGAGGACAAAACAUCGGCCAGCAAGAUAGCAGCAGCAGCAGACAAAGACAACAGUACAACUCCCUCACCCAAGCCUGCCGCCAAGCAGCUAGUAAAACGAUCUUUAUCGCCAGACCCCAUUGACGAUUAUGUCAUUGAACCCACAGGCUCUGAUGAACACAUUUUGAACUAUCCCUUCAACAAGAAAAAGUCAAUUACAGUAUACGAAAGGGAUUUUGAGCGUUUAGAAGAUGAAACCUACUUGAAUGAUACCCUGAUUGACAUUUUCCCAAAGAUCUGGGCUGAUGAGUACGCAGACGCCUCCAUCUACACCUUCAGCUCCUUUUUUUUCACCAAAUUAGCCGGCACCUACAGCAGUAUUCAUUACGACCUCGUUCAGCGCUGGACAUCAUCUAUAGACAUCUUCAAGAAACAGUACAUUAUCAUUCCUGUGGCUCAGAACAAUCACUGGUUUAUACUGCUGGUGACGAAUCCAGGCUACUGCAUCCAAGGAUCCAAGGGGUUGGAGUAUCACGAUGCGUUUCCUGAUCUACCAAAGCAGGAACCAAGUCCCAAGCCGACCAGACGAAAGAUCAUCACUGCUGGAGUUGCUCUGAAUCCAAAUAAACCUUAUAUCAUGGCACUGGAUCCUCUUGGACUAAACAAGCAAACUACAGCAAAGUGUGUCGUGCAGUAUCUCAAGAAGGAAGCCAUCUCCAAACUGAACAUUGAGGAAACCGAUUUUCUGGCUCCAGAGAUUGUAAUGGCGCCAUGUCCUGGCCAAGACAACUUUACAGACUGUGGUGUGUUCUGCUUGCAUUACAUGAAGAGUCUGUACCAAUACCCCGAUGUGAUGAUGGACGUGCUAUAUAAAAAUCAAAAGAAUGACGAGCGCUGGGAUUUGGAUGAAACGCUUGGCAAUUUCCGUACAGUGCUGAAGCGUGUGUUGAAGCAGAAAAUGAAGGACUACCGCGAAAUCAUGUUUUCUGAAUUAUGGGAAUAA